AUGAAUCAGUCUACCCUAGUUGUCAUCUCAGCCAUCUUGCUUUUGGCUACAGUAUCCACCAGCGUUGCCUCCUUUGCCGACGGUACCAGCAACCUCCAGGAAUGCAUUCCAAACGGACAGUACAAUGCCUCAGUUAACUACUUCCCAGUUAGAACUGUUAUCUCCAACUCCACACUUUUCAACGUGACCUACACCAACUCAUACAAGGUCGUUACCGACACUGCUGACGGCACCACCUACGUUCUCUACCAAUGUGGUUCACCAAAGCCAGAUGCAUCUCUGUUUGCUGCUGGUGCCAAGUUUUUCUCGGUACCAGUCACCAAGGUGCUCACCUCGCAGACUCCAAACAACCCAUACUUGUUGCUUCUCGGACUACAGAGCAAAAUCAAAUACGUUGAUUCGGCGGCUUACAUCUGCUCGCCAUGCGUCCAGAUGGCCUUGGAGAAGGGAGAGAUUCUUCCAUACAACUCCUCUGCUGUGCCAUCCCAGAUGGACUCUGUCGAUGUUGCCUUCACCUACAUGAAGGACAACAAGACCAACACUGUUAUGACUCGUGAGUCCACCGACCCAGGUCCCCUCCACCGUGCCGGUUGGUUGCAGUUCUACGCCUUCUUCUUCAACGCUGAGAAUGUCUCAAAGACUGUGUUUGGUGGCAUCAGUGACAACUACCACUGCUUUGCCAACGCCACUCGCAUCACCCUCGACGCCCGUCGCUCCACAAUGCAAAAGGUUGCCUGGGCCAGUUACUCUGCACCAUCAAAGUACAACGGAAACAAGGCCUCAUGGACCAUCUCAGCCGCUGCCUACAAGGCCAAGAUCACUGCCGACGGAGGUGCCCAGCUUGCUCCAGCACUCACCACCAGCAACUCCUCAGAGUUCCUCGCUGCUCUUGCCGACGUGGACGUUCUCAUCGACGAGACCUAUAUGAUCUCCAACUACAGCCACUUCAUGUCCGAGUACAGAAUCGAUCCAAACGUCACCAACUUUAAGUUUAUUAAGCAGAACCGUGUCUAUCGCCAGGACGGACUUAUGAACAGCGUGGGAAGCCGCGAUUGGCUCGAGUCAGGAAUCUCCUACGACGAUGCCGUUAUGCAAGAGUUUGUUCGCAUCACCUAUCCAGUUGUUCUCCCAACCGCCGUGAAGCCCCUGUGGUUCCGUAACCUCGCCACCGGUGAGCAGCCACUCAUUCUGACCAGUGCCAACUGUACCAACUACAACGACAUUGUCCACAUUUACAAGGAUCGUGUUAUUAACUGCGCUGCCAUGCCACUCAACCUGAGCUCAUCCCCAGUGUUGUUGCCAUCCCUCAUCACUUUGUUCGCCGCCGUGCUCAUCUCGAUGUUGAUCCUCUAA